AUGGCUUCGGCAGACAACGUGUCUCCGUCGCGUAGCCAUCCCGACGACGAUGACCGAUCUCCGUCUCCUAGACCCCAGUCACCUUCUCCCAAGGACGAAGACGGCUCUCGAUCCCCCGGUGAACGCACACCCUCACCUCCCCCCCGCGAUCCGUCACUCUCUCGAUCAGAAGGCGAACGCACACCUUCGCCAUCUCCUCGUCGUGAUCGCUCGCUCUCCCCAAGAGAUCGGUCGCUCUCACGCCCACGAUCCCGUUCGCCUACACCCAGUAGCCAAUCGCCUCCCCGACGCCCUGUCCGCUCGCCAUCUCCGAGAGAUAGCUCACCGGCGCGCCGUCAUGACCGAUCACCCUCCCCUCGGGCACGUUCGCCGCCGCCACGCCGCCAUUCCCGUUCUCCUCCGCCGAGACGACAAUCCCCUCCUCCGCGCCGUCGCGAUGCCGGUGACGACUAUAGACUGGCAAAGAAGGAGCGCAGCCCGACACCACCCCCUGCGCCCGUCAAGACCGAGGAAGAAAAGCUGGCCGACGCCAGAGCAGAGUACCAGAAGCUCUUGAACCUACGCAGUCAGGGUGUCUACCUACCGCCGCACAGGCUUCGUGCCCUCCAGGCCGCCAUCACCGACAAAAAGACCAGAGAAUACCAGCGUAUGGCUUGGGAGGCACUGAAGAAGUCUAUCAACGGUCUGGUCAACAAGGUUAACACUGCCAACAUCAAGUUUGUAGUCCCCGAACUCUUUGGCGAGAACCUCAUCCGUGGCCGCGGUCUGUUUUGCCAGAGUCUGCUGAAGGCCCAGCAUGCCAGUUUGCCCUUCACGCCCAUCUAUGCUUGCUUGGCUGCGAUUUGCAACACCAAGCUGCCCCAGGUCGGCGAACUGCUUGUCAAGAGGCUCAUCCUGCGUUUCCGCAAGGCGUUCAAGAGAAACGACAAGGCAGUUUGCCUCUCGUCGACCAUGUUCAUUGCCCAUCUUGUCAACAACCAGGUUGCCCACGAGAUGGCUGCUGCCCAGAUUUUGCUGCUGCUGCUUGCGAAGCCUACCGACGACAGUGUCGAGAUCGCUGUCGGCCUCAUGAGGGAGGUCGGCUUGUUCUUGGAGGAGAUGUCCCCGGCCAUCGCCCAUGCCGUUUUCGACCAGUUCCGAAACAUUCUCCACGAGGCUGAUAUCGACCGUCGUACGCAGUACAUGAUCGAGGUGCUCUUCCAGGUGCGCAAGGACAAGUACAAGGACAACCCGGUUAUCAAGGAGGAGUUGGAUCUGGUCGAGGAGGAGGAUCAAAUCACACACCGGAUCGGGCUCGACGACGAAAUUGACCCGCAGGAUGGAUUGAAUGUGUUCAAGAUGGAUCCCAACUGGGAGGAGAAUGAGGAGGAAUACAAGAAGCUGAAGGCGGAGAUCUUGGGCGAGGCCAGCGACGACGAGGAGGGCGAUUCCGAUGACGAGUCGGAAAGCGAGUCAGAAUCGGAGGACGAGGAACAGAAGGCGUUGGAGAUCAAGGACCAGAGCAAUACAGACCUCGUCAACCUCAGGAGGACCAUCUACCUCAGCAUCCAGUCGAGUGCCGACCCUGAAGAAGCGGCACACAAGCUCAUGAAGCUGCGCCUCCCUGCCGGCCAGGAGGCCGAGUUGGUGUCGAUGAUUGUUGAAUCAUGCGCUCAGGAGAAGGUCUACCUGAAGUUCAUGGGUUUGCUAGGAGAGCGGUUUGCCCGUCUGAACAGGAUGUGGAUGGAUUUAUUCGAGGAAUCCUUCGCCAAGUACUACUCCACGAUUCAUCGAUACGAGACCAACAAGCUUCGCAACAUUGCUAGGUUCUUUGGCCAUCUUUUGGCUACCGACGCGAUUGGCUGGCACGUUUUCUCGGUUAUUCACCUAAACGAGGAAGAAACGACGUCCGCUAGCCGUAUUUUUAUCAAGAUCCUGUUUGAAGACCUCCAGGAGAAUAUCGGCUCGGCAAAGUUGAAGGCUCGCAUGAGUGAAGAGACCCUCCAGCCCAGUCUGCAAGGCAUCUUCCCCCACGACGAACCGCGCAACAUUCGCUUCUCUAUCAACUACUUCACCUCCAUCAAGAUGGGUUAUCUCACCGACGAGAUGCGCAGUUUCCUGGCAAACAUGCCAAAACCCGCCCUGCCAGCGCCCCCAGCGGACUCCGAUUCCGAGUCGGUGUCCAGCUACUCUUCCUAUUCUUCCUACUCAUCCCGUUCUCGCUCCCGCUCACGAACGCCUCGGAAGGAUACCCGCGGGCGUUCGCUUUCGCGCACUCCUCCUCGUCGUGCCAGGGGCAGAUCCUACAGCCGGUCACCAAGCCGGAGCAGGAGUCGCAGCCGUAGCUACAGCCGCUCCGUCUCUAGGUCUAUCCCGCGUUCUCCUCCUCCAAGGCGGAGGGCAGCGGACUCUCGGUCUCUUAGCCCGCCUCCCCGCGGCCGUGGUCGUAGUUACGACCGAUACUCUCGCUCACCCUCGCGCUCGCGCUCUCCUACCCGCUCCCCAGCGGCGGCACCCAUCCGCCGCGGUCGUUCCGGAACCCGAAGCCGUAGCAGAUCAUACUCUCGCUCGUCAUCACCCCCGCCUGCUCGUGGUUAUCCCACCCGCGGUCGCCCCCCUGUCAGCAACAACGACAGAGCUGUCGCCGCCGCUCCCAGCAAGCGUCGCAGAGAAGGGUCAUACUCGGCAAGCCGCUCGCCACAUCCUCCUCCUCAACAACGUCCUCGUCGAGGGAGUUAUAGUCGGUCGCGAUCGAGAUCUCCGAUACCAAUCAGAGGCAAUGGGCCGAGGGGUAGGGAUACAGGACGGGGUGGCCCACUCCCCUCUCGUGGUGGCGGGCGGGACCGCUCAUACUCAAGAUCGCGAAGCCGGUCACCUUUGCCGCCAGCCAGUGCCGAGGGGUCCAGGAGAGCUAUCAGCAGGUCACCGAGCCCGGUUGUGGGGAACAAUAAGCGGAGGAGAUCGUAUAGCAGUUCUAGGUCGGGGUCUAGGUCGAGAUCUAGGUCACCGGUCGCUAAACGGGGAAGAGUUGAUUAG